AUGAAGACAUUCGCAUCUGCAGCGGGAGCAUUGCUCUCGUUGACUUUCUGUUCGAACGCCUUGACCUACACAAAUGUGUCUGAGGUGCCGCUUUACGGCCUGAGUCCUCCUGUCUAUCCAACUCCUGAGGGUAAUGGUGGCGUCAGUCCAGAAUGGCAGGAUGCCUAUACCAAAGCUCGAGCACUCGUCGAGCAAUUGACACUUGAAGAAAAGGUCAAUAUGACAAGAGGACACACAGGCACAUGCGUUGGAAAUACGCCAGCCAUUGAUCGUCUCGGUAUCAAGGCUUUGUGCUUCGCAGAUGCUCCGGAUGGGAUUCGAGGACAAGAAUUUGUCUCAUCAUUCCCAGCUCAACUUACAGUGGGAGCUACCUUCGACCGAGACCUGAUGUACCGAUAUGGCAAAGCCUUGGGUGAGGAAUACCGUGGCAAAGGCAUCAAUAUUGCUCUCCUGCCUGUAGGAGGUCCACUUGGUCGAGUCGCAAGAGGAGGCCGCAACUGGGAAGGCUUUGGGGCUGAUCCAUUCCUGUCCUCCGUCGGCAUGGGUGCUGUCACAACCGGUCUUCAGGGUCAAGGUGUCAUGGCACAGAUGAAGCAUUGGCUGCUCAAUGAACAAGAAUGGCGACGAUUGCCAGGAUCUAUGGGCGAAUCAAUCUCUUCCAACGCCGACGACCGAACGAUCCACGAGCUCUAUGCUUUCCCUUUCAUGGACUCACUGAAGGCUGGAGCCGUAUCUGCAAUGUGCAGCUACCAGAGAACAAAUAACAGCUAUGGAUGCCAGAAUAGCAAGCUUCUCAAUGGCAUCCUCAAAACGGAGCUAGGAUUCCAAGGAUUUGUGACAAGCGACUGGGACGCUCAGCACUCGGGUGUUGCAUCGGCCAAUGCUGGUUUAGAUCUCGUCAUGCCUGACGGUGGUUACUGGGGCGAUAAUCUGACGGAGGCUGUCAAGAAUGGAUCUGUCGCCGAGAGCCGUCUCAAUGACAUGGUCACUCGCAUUCUUGCUGCGUGGUACCACAUCGGUCAGAGCGAUGGCUAUCCUGAUGUGGCUGUGCACAAUUACAACGUGCAAGCUCCAAUCGUCGAUGUACGAGGCGACCAUGCGUCACUGAUCCGUGAAAUUGGAGCCGCUGGUGCUGUUCUGGUCAAGAACGUCGACAAUGCUCUGCCUUUGAGCAAACCCAGAUUCCUCAACAUCUACGGCUACGAUGCGAAGACGCCAGAUGCGCCUUGGACAAACCCAUCUCGAUUCGGCGGAGGCUACGAAGUCAAUUUUGGUUGGAACACGCUGAAUGGGACUAUGGUCACAGGCGGCGGCAGUGGCUCGAACACCCCGUCGUUCUUGAUCAGUCCCUUCGAUGCCGUCCAGAGACGUGUGAUCGAGGAUGGUGGCAUGGUCAGAUGGGACUUUGCAAGCGUCAACCCAGAAACCGUGAACGUCAACACCGACGCCUGUCUCGUGUUCAUCAACGCCUAUGCUUCUGAGUCCUUCGAUCGAACGUCGUUGAAAGAUGACUUCUCCGAUCGACUGAUCAACAACGUCGCGGCCAACUGCACAAAUACCAUUGUCGUCAUUCACUCUGCUGGUAUUCGUGUCGUAGAUGCGUGGAUCGAUCACCCUAACGUCACUGCCGUUGUCUUCGCUCUGCUUCCAGGCCAAGAGACUGGCAACUCGAUCGUCGACGUUCUUUAUGGCGAUGUCUCGCCAUCUGGUCGUUUGCCGUUCACUGUGGCAAAGAAAGAGGCGGACUAUGGGAGCCUCCUCAACACGACUCUCGGCUCUGGGCCUUUCCCACAAGACAACUUCACUGAAGGUCUGUACAUCGACUACCGCCACUUUGACAAGUACAACAUCACUCCUCAGUACGAGUUCGGCUACGGUCUCAGCUACUCGAGCUUCUCCUACUCCGACUUGGUCGUCACCAAGACCAACGUAAGCACCAGCGAGUACACUGCAACGGACGCCAUCAUCCCUCAGGGUGGGCACAAGCAGCUGUGGGAUGUCAUCUACAACGUCACUGUGACCGUCGAGAACACCGGAGAUGUCACUGCAGCUGAAAUCCCUCAGCUGUAUGUUGAGAUCCCGACGGCUCCAAAGAACCAGCUUCGUGGAUUUGAAAGGGUCAAGCUUGAGGCUGGAGAGAGCAAGACUGCAACAUUUUCGUUGAAGAGGAGGGACCUGAGCAUCUGGGAUGUCUUCGCGCAAGAGUGGAAGCUUCAGAAGGGCAGCUACCCGAUUUUCGUUGGAGCUAGCAGCAGAGACGUCAAGUUGACUGGAUCGUUGGAGAUAUAG